UAAAGAUUGAGUGAAGAAAAAUAAAAAAUUGAAGUUUUAAAAUAAUAGGAAAUUAUACACUAUUUAAUAAAACAUAAGUCGUUAAGUAAUCAAUAAGGACAUAUUGUGCCCGAAGUGAAUGUUAGUCAAUUGCGCCUGACUGUAAAAAAGCGCAGAAAAUUCAAAGGAUAUAAAUCUUAUCUAUGUUAGAGAGAAAUAUUAAAUAUUAUUAAUGAAUUUAAGUUUAUUUGCCUGCGUAUUAUUACUACUUAUAAGCCUUUCAAAUGGCUUCUACGUUCCUGGAAUUGCACCACGAGAAUUCACGAAAGGAAGUAGGAUAGAAGUGAAAGCAGUCAAAAUGACAUCAUCUCGUACACAACUUCCAUAUGAAUAUUAUUCACUACAGUUCUGUCUACCAAAGAAUGGAACAUUACAUUACAAGUCAGAAAAUCUCGGUGAAGUAUUACGAGGUGAUAGAAUUGUCAAUACGCCUUACGAAUUGAGAAUGUCCGAGGAUGUAAACUGUAAAUUGCUAUGUAAUACGAAAGAUAAGCCAAUUACUUGGGACACGCAGCAAUCCAGAAAGGUUGCUGAGCGAAUUGAGCAUGAAUAUUUCGUGCAUUUAAUUGUCGACAAUCUUCCAGUUGCAACGAGAAUUAGAAAUCCUGACACAAUGGAUGUUCAAUAUGAGCAUGGCUAUCGACUUGGAAUGGUUAAUAGUAAAACUGGCGAUUCAUACAUUAAUAAUCAUUUGAGAUUUGUGCUUUCCUAUCACACACAUAGCGAAGGUCAAUACCGUGUCGUGGGCUUUGAGGUCGAAACUCUUUCGGUUGAUCAGAAUGACAUCAAGUUUGAAGGAGAAGAGUGCAAUUUUCCAGACAAUCCAAAGCCACAGAAAGUGAAUAAAACUGGACAUACAUCACUGUUCUUCACUUAUUCAGUCGUUUGGAAGGAAUCACAAGUGAAAUGGGCUUCAAGAUGGGAUUACUUGCUAGGAAUGAACGACGUCCAGAUUCAUUGGUUUAGUAUUAUUAACAGUCUCAUCGUCGUUUUCUUCUUAUCAGGAAUAUUAACAAUGAUUAUGGUAAGAACGUUAAGACGUGACAUCGCUAAAUAUAAUACGGACGAUAGCUUUGAGGACACGCUUGAAGAAACAGGAUGGAAAUUAGUUCAUGGAGACGUGUUUAGACCUCCACGUCAUUUGCGACUAUUUUGUGCAGUCAUUGGCACAGGCAUACAAAUUUUCUUCAUGGCUUUCAUCUUAAUAUUUACAGCAAUGUUAGGAAUGUUAUCACCUUCAAGUCGUGGUGCUUUAAUGACAGCAGCUAUAAUGUUAUUUGUCUUUAUGGGAUUAAUUGCUGGAUAUUUCUCAGCAAGGCUAUACAAGACAAUGAAAGGAAAGGAAUGGAAACGAACUGCAUUAGUGACAGCCACGCUGUUUCCAGGAGUUGUUUUUGGAACUUGCUUCUUCCUGAAUUUCUUCAUUUGGGAUAAGGAAUCGUCAGGUGCUGUGCCAUUUGGAACUAUGGUUGGUCUCUUAUUGCUUUGGUUCUUCAUCUCAUUGCCGUUAGUGUAUCUUGGAUAUUAUUUUGGAUAUCGAAAGCAAGGCUUUCAACAUCCAGUCCGAACAAAUAUGAUCCCACGACAAAUACCAAAGCAACAAUGGUACAUGAAUGCUGUAUUGUGUACAUUAAUGGCUGGUAUAUUACCAUUUGGCGCUGUCUUUAUUGAAUUAUUUUUUAUAUUCAGUGCAAUUUGGCAAAAUCAAUUUUACUACCUCUUCGGAUUUCUCUUCCUUGUCUUCUGUAUUCUCGUUGUGAGUUGUGGCCAAUUGUCAAUUGUGAUGACAUACUUUCAAUUAUGUGGUGAGAAUUAUCUCUGGCACUGGAGAGCAUUUUUCGUGUCUGGUGGAAGUGCUGUAUACAUUUUAUUCUACAGCAUCUUUUACUUCUUCAUUAAACUUGACAUCACUGAAUUCAUUCCAACAAUGCUUUAUUUUGGAUAUACAGGCUUAAUGUGUCUCACAUUCUUCAUACUUACUGGAACCAUUGGCUUCUUUAGUGCUUAUAGUUUUAUUCGUAAAAUAUAUUCAGCCGUUAAAAUUGAUUAAAUUAACUGGAUCUUAUAUUUUUUGUUUGUUUGUGGAAUACAACGAUUUAUAGUUAAUUUAUUAUUUCUCAGCUUCUAUUUUAGUUCCAAU